AUGUCUCUCACGCUUGUGGGAACCCGGCUGUCGCCCGGGGGACCUGGUGGGGGGCUUGAGGCCACUCGCCGCGACAUCGGCUCACACUUGUGGGACCGGCUGUCACCGGGACCCCUGGAACUCGAGGUGAUCCCGCUGACACUCGUCCGGAAGAGGAACCUUCUUGUAGAGACUGGGGACCUUUCACUACCUCCCGAGGACACCCGCUCAGAAACGCAGCUCUACGACCGCUACUACUUCGACGGAAAAGGCCGCACCAGUCACCAGAAUGCAGACGCCGACACAAAGAAGUACUUCCUGGUUCAAGCCAGGUUGCCAUUGCUCAUACUCUGGACACUGGCACCAAUUUCACUGACCAAUCUUUUGGGGUUCGUCCUCUCCACUAUUCUGCUCCAUUAUCCUGUGGCCGAGUUGAUGGCGAUGUGUGUCGAGUGGGAAGAUGAGGAGACCUACUGGACACAGGGUGCCUUUGACGCGGUGGUGGGGCGUUUGCAACUGACAGGCACUGCCUGCGACCUGGAUAUCAGCACGGCGGGGUUCUUGGAUGCCUUUGUCGAGAACCUCGCUGACCUUUUCAAAGAGCUGUCGCAUACGCAAGAGGAGUUUCAGCACAUCGACAGAAAGCUGAGCCGGUUUUAUCCUGACCAGACUUCGAAGGAACAUGCCGUUCGAAGCGGCGAGCUUUACGGGUAUUGCAAGAGUCGCGAAGUGUGCGAGGCUGUUACGAGAGGGCACUGCGGUGACUGGCAGAAGUGCUCCUUGUGUCUGGCAUGGCCUGUGCGUGCCAAUAGCUCUGACAUGGACUGUGUUCCAGCCAGCAGUGUCCCCUUCUACCACUUCCUUAUCGAAGGUGCCAAGUACAUGCACCGCGCAUGGACAAUGGUUCAAUUCAGUCGCAGCAAGCCGCAGAGUGGCAGGAAUGUUUGGCAAGACGACAUGGCUGCGACUACGGAAUAUAUGGCAGCCUGCACAGCAGCGUAUGCGGAUCAGUUUCAGGCAGAUUGGCGAGGCACGGGCCAGCAGGUGCCACUUGAUGUGCUGAGAGCAGCACUGGUGUGCUGGCCACAGAGGGCUCAAGAAAUCCCUGCGUUGGCCGACCACAUGCAGGUGCUUGGGGCUUAUUGGAUCUUGUACAUGUUAUCGGACAGCCUCGGGUCUGAAGCGCCUUCUUGGGUCCCCGAUCGGCCGAUCGUGCUGGAGCACAUGCCCAGUAUGCAGAAUCCCUUCCGGCAAGGCUGA